AAAAAUAAAUAAAACUAAACAGAUAACUACAAAGAAUAGCGAAACGAAAUAUAUAUCGCAGAAACAUAACUUGAGAAACAUCCGUAGCAAACAGAACUGGCGCAAUGGCUCAUAAGUGCAGUGCGCAGAGAAAACCUUUCGGUCAAAUUAGCAUAAUGGAAGAAGAGUGCUUGAUCGAACGUCGAAGAACAGUGACAUUGAAGGAGUGUUCCGAAAUAGUCAACACCAACAUUCGUUACACCAGAGAUGGAUUUAGGAGAUUACUUCAAGACGAGAAUUUCAUAGACAAACUGUUUAUCCUGUUCGAUCACGAUCAGGACGGAUUGCUCAUCCAGGACGACUGGAUUGAAUUUUUGAAGGAGAGAUUGACUACGGAAAAGCAGAUAGACUUUGCCGAGCAGCUCGAAAGUGUUGCCUACGUGCUGUGCGGCAAAGAGGCAGUCACGGCGUUCACGUUUCGCCAAAUUCUCAGAGCCAAAGGAAUCGUUGAAAAAAUAUUUCGGUUUCUCGACCUGGAAAGUACCGGGUACGUGACCACGGGACAAAUAAUGGAAUUCGUUGGCAGCAUCACCAGCAUUCGAUCACGUGCCGGAUUUGACAAGGAGAGUUUGGCGCAUCUUGAAAACAUUUUCAAGCAGACCGUAGGAAAUGAGGAGGAAAUCAGAAGAGAGGAAUUCAAAAAAAUAGUCAUAUCUAAAAACCCAUUCUUCACCGAGAGGGUGUUUCAAAUAUUCGACAAGGACAAUUCAGGAACAAUAUCGCUUCAGGAGUUUCUCGACUCGAUGCAUCAAUUUGCGGGAAAAACGCCCGACGACAAGAUCAAGUUUUUGUUCAAAGUCUACGAUAUCGACGGCGACGGAUUGAUUCAGCACCGGGAACUGCAGCAUGUGAUCCGCGCCUGCAUGGAAGAAAAUGGCAUGACAUUCAGCGAGGAUCAGAUAGAGGAUCUCACCAUCGCCCUGUUCGAAGACGCCGAUCAAGAAAACAGAGGCGCGAUUACCUUCGAAUCCUUGAAAAGCGUCCUGGAGAAACACGACGGGCUUUUGGAGAAUUUGUCUAUCAGCAUCGAUCGAUGGCUGGUACCUCCGAAACCAGAACCGAAGCAGCAAUUCUCAGUUCGCCGAUUGUCGGCUCUUAGGCCGUAUCAGCUUACCAAGCCCUACAUCAAGAAUAAUUAUGUCUACAUAAUAUUCACAAGUGCAUUUCUCAUUGUCAAUGCUGGGCUAUUCGUGUCCAGAGCGAUACAGUACAAGUCUUCCAACGGAUUUGUCAUUCUGGCCAGAGCUUGCGGUCAGUGCCUGAACUUCAAUUGUGCCUUUAUUCUGAUACUAAUGCUCCGACACUCUAUUACAUUCCUGAGAACGCAUGGAUUCAGCUCCGUGAUACCAUUGGACCAGCAUAUCUAUCUUCACAAAACGACCGGCGUGCUCGUCGGAUUCUACAGUAUUAUCCAUACGAUAAUGCAUCUGUUCAAUUUCAAACUGAUUGUCGUCAACGAUUACGAAAUAAAUAAGGGAAAUUACACCUACGCCGAAUGGAUAUUCACCAGCCAGCCCAAGCUGUUCGGCCUUGUUCCCGGUGCGGCCAAUCCGACCGGUGUUGCUCUGGUUCUUAUACUGACCGUGAUGAUCAUAUGUUCCAUGCCCUUUGUCAGGCGAGGGGGCUGCUUCGAGAUAUUUUACUGGACACAUUUACUCUACGUGCCCUUUUGGAUCUUGCUGAUAUUUCAUGGACCAAAUUUUUGGAAGUGGUUCGUCGGGCCCUGCGCCCUGUACUUGAUGGAGAGACUCCGUCGAGUAGCCUGGCUACGAUCGGAGCGCGGAAACACUUACAUUUGCUCGGGGCUGCUCCUCCCCUCCAGAGUUACGCAUCUCGUUAUAAAAAGGCCCAACCACUUUGACUUUCACCCUGGUGAUUACGUUUUCGUCAACAUUCCAGCUGUCGCAAAAUACGAAUGGCAUCCAUUCACCAUCAGCAGUGCACCGGAACAGGAAGAUUAUAUGUGGCUUCAUAUUCGUGGUGUUGGCGAAUGGACGAAUACUUUAUAUUCGUACUUUGACAGGGAACAGAUGAAAUUACACCGCGGAGACGUCUUACCUGUUGAAUGUUGUGCCCAAAGAACAUCCGGAGCUACGAAGACCGUCGAAAAGUUACCAUCGAAUUCCGAGGUGACCCUGUGCAGAAGCAUCAAAACCACGGCCACUACAGGCAGCGCGAAAGAAACCAAAGCCCUGGCGAAUCCGAGUUUCGAAGGUGACGACGGGUGCAGCCAUCCAGGGCUCAAUAAGUCUCACGUCAGCGUGCAUGAUCCCAGACAGUUUCCUAAAAAAGUGGCCCUCAACGCGCAAUUGCAUAAGAUAGUAUUGAGCAACAAACAUCCACUUGAAAAAUCAAUUUCGAUGCCCGACAUGCGGAUUAGGAACAAAAAAAGGGAACGAUUACUCGCACUUCGUGACUACGCGAGAUCUGAGUCAGAACCGAGCUUUGACGAAUCGCAAAUAAGGCGAGCGCGACUGAAAUCAUUGGGUCUGGCCUAUUUGAGUCCACAAAAUAAAUCUUUGGCCCAAAGCUUCAGGUACAUGCGAAUGAAGCCGACGAUAAUUGCGUUCAAAACACCCAGCCUAGACAAUUGUGGAACAGACGAUACAGUCGUUACUAUAGAUUCAGAAACAGACGAGUUGAACACUCGCAGUCCUCCGGGGAUUGCUGUGGAAAAAGGAAAAGCCAGCGUGUUUCAUCCCCAAAGUGUCGAAGAGUCUGAGAAUGAGAAAUCGCAGUCAUUCCACACCCCUGUCAAUUACCCCGUCGGAAAACCUUUGGCGAUUUAUUUAGAUGGGCCGUAUGGUGCUCCGUCCAGUCAUAUUUUUCAAGCUCAGCAUGCAGUUCUAAUCGCUACUGGUAUUGGCGUCACCCCAUUCGCCUCGAUACUUCAGUCGAUAAUGCAUAGAUAUUGGAAGGCGAGACAUUGCUGCCCAAAAUGCAAAUUUUCUUGGGCCAGUGAAAUACCGCCAACCGUAAUGCAUUUGAGGAAAGUAGAUUUCUUUUGGAUAAAUCGGGACCAGCACUCGUUCGAAUGGUUUGUCAAUUUACUAUCGCAGUUAGAAAUGGAACAGGCUGAACUCGGAGCAACGAUGGAACGCUUUCUAGAGAUGCAUAUGUACAUAACGAGUGCCUUGCAGAAGAACGACAUGAAAGCGGUGGGACUUCAAUUAGCAAUGGAUUUGCUACAUGAAAAGGAAAAACGCGACCUUAUCACCGGGUUGAAAACGAGAACCAACGCCGGUCGUCCGAAUUGGGAUAAAGUGUUCAAGCAGCUUCAAGAUCAAAAAAAGGGUAAGGUAACGGUGUUCUUCUGCGGCCCUCUGCAGCUAGCUCGUAUCUUGCGAUAUAAGUGUGAUCAGUUUGGAUUCAAUUUCAGGAAAGAGGUUUUCUAAUACGACUUGUUUUUUGUUAUAAAUCUGAGCGUAACAUUAAGCUUAUCUAAUUGUAAAUAUCGUGAUUAUUGGGUAUCUAUUGUAUAUGCAUAUAUUUAGUAUAUGCUAAACAUUCACCCUUGCAAGUGAUAGCUUUCGGAGACAUUAUACUUGAACGCGAUACAUUUUAACUGAAAAUCAUUCAAGAUUCGGACACUUGCGUGGGCUUGUCUUGGGAAUAAUCUGAAAUGGAUAUAAUUGAAUUAUCGAGAGCAAAGAGAAUCGUGUCCAUUUCAGAUUCUUUGUUGGACCGGUAUUCAAUAAUCGAGAACUGUAUACGUACGAUUAUACUAUUCGACCGUGGGGUGAAAAUUUGUUUUCCUAUGUCCAAAUUUCUUAUCGAGUAAUCACGGUCCGCAUUUUGCCGUACGUACAUACAUUAGAAUCACUAGCGACGGCUGUAUCGGUGCAGAAUAGUAGAGCCGUUGAAUUCUCACAGGGUUGUCAUUAUACACAUUUUGCGAGCGACGCAACAAGUAUAGUCAUAUAUUAGUUGUAUUAUCAUAGGUUGAGAAUGUGCAAUAAAAAUUUUAAAUU